UUGAGAGGUGAUACAAAGAGCAUCGCAAUCAUAAAUCAUCGCCGCCGCCCCUAAAGUGGGGAAUUCUUUCUCUAUUUCCGUGGUGUCCAGAGAAAAAGAAAAGAAAAUCUCCCUCCUGCAAAUCUGUGGAAAGGCAAUCACACCAAUCAUUGGGAUCUGAUUGUGCAAAGUGAAAUCACAGGCUUUUGAGAGGAUUACGAAAAGCUCCAUCGUCACCAUGAAGUUAUUUAUGAAUUCAACCGUUUACGUUACAAUGAUUUUAAUCUGUUGCGUUAUAUGGGUGGCUUGCUCCUUCCCUGUUGCCAUGUCCUGCGAUUCAUGUGGACGGGAAUGUGCCAAUGCAUGCGGAACGAGACACUUCAGAACAUGCUGUUUCAAUUACCUCAAACGCAAAAGAAGUGUCCUCCCUCCGCUGAAAUAUCCCGAUGAGACAAAUGCAGACUUCCGGGAUUUAUGGUGGGCUAAAAUACAAGUGGAGAAGACAGCGAGGGAUAAUUUGCUCAACUCUGCUGACUUCUACGGAUCUGACUUCCAGCCUACUUUCCUGUUUCGCCCACGAGAUGAUACCCCGCAGUCCUUUGGUACUCACGAUGGUCACAGUGCGGAACAACUCGCGAUUGCACAUAAAGGAAAAAUCUUAGAGGAAGUUGAGGGUAACAGUGGGCAGCAAUCGCGUGGGCUGUACGAAGCAGCAUAAAAGCUCUUUUGGGAAACAAAACGUGUAAAUACAUAGAGACGAAAUUUCUGCCCGAAUUCCUCAUAUUUGUUCGCUGUGGUGAAGGCAAUGAAGAUAAACAUCCAACAGUGUGGCUGGCACUGUUGAUAUUCAUCUUCUUUGUACCCUUCUGUGGAACAUCCGCCAACGCUCAUUUGAAUCUUCAGAAGAUUUGGCACAUUUUGUACAAUUCUGCUUGCUAAUUUUGUCUUUCUUUAAUGGGUUUUUAGUUUAUAUUUAUUGAACGCUACAUUUAAAAUAAGUCUUCACGGUUAUUCCUUCCGCGCUGAACUCUACUGCAAUUUUUGCAACACUCAAUUAUAUUAAUAUUUUUCAUUUUCAUUUUAUCUCAACAUAUAAUCGUGUUGAAUUUUCCAUUUUGUUGUUGUUUUUUUUAAAUUUAAGGUACAAACAAUUAAUUAAUUUAAAAUUAAUAAUACGCUACAUUAUUAAAAAUUAUUUCUUCUUUUGCUAUAAGCUGGAAGAGAUAGUAGGUUGAUUUUUUUUAAUGAAAAUUUCAUUUUUUUUCGUUACACAAUAUGACGGUUUUUUUUGUCACAUAAUUUUUUUUAAAGUUAAUUAAUGAAACAUCCACAAUGAGAUUUAAAUUUAAAAAAUGUAAAAUGGAUAAAAGGUAUUUUCCACCCACUGGAAUUUACAUUAUAAUGUAAUUGUGUUAAUCAAUUUAACAUAAAUCAAUGUAAUGUGUACGUGUGUGUGUGUGGCAACUUGCAGUGGAAAUAAAGUUUAGCACUGAACUUUAUAAGAA